UAUUCUUCAAUUUCCUGAGUCACAAUCACGUCGCAUUUCUGCCAAUGAUCGUGCCCGUGAUCGACAUUUCUCCUUUCGUGAACGAACCCUCAAGCUCCAAAGCUCGCGAUGUAGUGGUGAGUCAAGUGGCUGACGCUUGUCGUUCCAUCGGCUUUCUGAUCAUCACCAACCACGGCAUCGCGUCGGAUACGAUCGCUCAGGCCUUCGAGGCUGCAAAGGGCUAUUUUGACCAACCUUUGGAUAUCAAGAAGAAGGUAUCCAUGACUCCAGACUAUCCUUAUGGCUACGAGAGUGCCGAGAUUCUGUCCAACUCAAUAGAGAAAGAUGAUGGCAAAAAGCUACCAGACUUAAAGGAGACGUUCCAAGUCUGCGUGGGUCCAAACGGACGAGAACCCCAUAUCCCAGCGCAAUGGCCGGAAGGACCCGAAGGCUUUAAAAACUCCAUGACGACGUAUUACCGCAGUGUUGAGAAACUCGCGGCAGUUAUGAUGCAGAUCUUUGCGUGCGCGUUGCAAUUACCCAGCGACUAUUUUGACAAGAAGAUCGACAACCACAUGUCGUCACUCAGGAUCCUGAACUACCCUCAUCAAGAAGAAGAACCCGGGACGACGCAGAUCCGAGCGUCAGCGCAUACAGACUACGGUAGUUUGACGAUCUUGGCGGUGGAUGACGCUCCUGGUGGACUACAAGUGAGAGAUCUACAGGGCGAGUGGCACGACGUCAAGGCUCCUGCCAACUCGUAUAUAGUCAAUCUUGGAGAUCUGAUGCAACAUUGGACCAACGAUCAAUGGCGCUCUACCAUGCAUCGCGUGAUUAAUCCACCAUCGGGCUGCAAAAACAACCGACGCCAGUCGAUCGCAUUCUUCCACAAUAUCAACGCAGAGACAGUUGUGGAGUGUAUUCCAACCUGCCAGUCGCCAGAGAACCCGGCGAAAUAUCCUCCAAUACUCGCAGGCGAAUACCUCAUGGCUAAGCAUAACGCAGCAAUGGGCAGCUAAGGCGUGAAGGUGACUACAUGUUAACUUUUUUUUCUUAUAAAAAAAAGCGUUCGCAAAAUUGCAACACAAAUAUUGGGUUAAAUGUAAUGCAAAAGUUGUGUCUUGUUGUUCCAAUAGCAA